AUGAUCGCUGCCUCGCCACACUGCGCCGCGCCGGGCGUCAACAGCCUGGCGUUACCCAAGUUGAAGCGCAAGCGCUCCGAUUCCAGUGACCCAUCACCUGGUGAAGAUGCUCCGGUCGCAACCAAGUUGCGUGCAGACAAUGUGCCAAGUUACUCAGUCGCUACGAAACUGAAUACAUCAUCGACCGGCCACAGUGCGACACAGGGUCCGGAGUCCUUAAACGGUCAUUCGUCCGAUUCGGCGUCCCGAUCUCCUACCUCGUCACCUUGCCUAAACCCCGGUCCCAACGACUCUCCCACCGAUGAGGAUGCUACUUUGCGCAAAGUGGACGUUGACAAGUUGCGUGAGACGCUUGAAGCGCAGCUGAGCCUGGAAGUCUUGUUGAAGCACAACGAACUACGCUUGAUUGACCAGGAGAUAGCGAAGUGUCAGGUGGCGUUGGAGCAGCUGCGGCGAUGCGCUGAAAUCCCGUAUCCGGGGACCCAGGUUACAGGGCCCUCGCAAUCCAUCAAUAGUGGUACAGGGAAGGCGGUGCUUGCUCCUGGAAAUGGGCCUGCACCACUCUCACCUGCACCGUGGGGUGUCACCGACGGGCCAUACACCCGACACUAUGCGAGAUGGUUGCUCCCUGAUCCCCGCUUUGACGGUGGCGAGGUUGACAUAGGAACCCCCUUGGUUCCUGGUACCGUAGGGACCCCUACGAUGGAAGGGCGAUCGACGCGUGGGAAUUCCGGUGAUGGUGGCUUCUUGGCCGGGAAAUCUAGGCCUCAACGUGGAUCUGGAGGUGUGCGAUUACAAUCCUUGCCUAACGGCUACCCAGCCCCGAAAGAAAAGGCUGGUCCGAUGAUCAUCCGGCGAAAGUCAGAUGGCGUCAUGGUCAAACUCAUCUGCUUGGACUGUCGUCGAGACAACUUUUCUAGUACGCAAGGGUUCAUCAACCACUGCCGCAUUGCCCAUAACCGAAACUUUGCCAGUCAUGACGCUGCUGCAGUGGCAUCGGGGGAACCUGUGGAAGUAGAUGAGGCAGGUGCCGUGGUUGGGGGCAAAAGCGACACUCCUAGCACAGCCACAGCCGGCUACGUCCAUCCGCUAAUACGAUCGGCUCAUGUCAUCGAGCCAUCAUCCAAGACUCCAUCAUCGGGUUCAGAGGACCAUGCAACACCUCGGAAGCAAUCUACCUCCAGGCGACAGGCGUCGUCCACGGUGGAAACACCCCGUGCGCCUGUUCAAACGUUGCUGGGAAAGCAGAGCACACCUGCAACGGUGACACCUUCGAGUACCGACAAUUUUCUGGCCUCCGCCGACGCACCACAUCUAUCAUCUCUUAUGCAGCUUAGAGGGGUUGGGCUUGACCUGGGUCGAUUGGUCGGAGAAGCGAAAACCACAGUUGAUCUGGGUGCAUAUUCUUCCGACGAGGGUGACUCAGAUACCGAACAGAAACAGCGGUCGGAAGUGAGCCAGGAUCAGAAGCCGCUUGGACGUCGUGUAGGCCGACAACCAAUGCAGACUACCGUUUCGCAAACAGCGUCGCGACGGCCUAGUAGCCGCAAGGGUGUGGACAAGACGAAUCACAGACCAUAUCCCAUAGAAACAUUAACCCCUACACGGCCUGCACCGUACCGGUCGCCUUACGGUCCGACAAUGUCCUCUCAAGCGGAUGAACUUCGCGAUGGUGACGGGAUGGAUCGCUCCUCGAACUUGAGUCCGAAUACUGUGGAGUCGAACCAGGCUCCGAGCCUGGUGAGCGACGACGACGACUACGAGGAGGCAUCAGACUCAGAGAGCCCAGGCCCCAGCUCUUCUGAAGCAGGGGACCAUGAAGAGGACUUCAGCCAUAUCGAUGUAGAAGGUGAUGAAGACACCACGGCUUCGUCGCCAGCUACCGACCCUAAAGCGGACUCCAGUAUGGCUGGGACGACGGCCCAUCCAUCAGCAUCAUUGUCAAAAUCCCUUCGCCGUGGCAACACCAGAAAGAAGGAGAGACUACUUCCAUCUUCGGUUGUGCCUCUGAGCAAGAGUGAGAGACGGGUGAGCUUUGCCAGUCCUGAAACGAAUCCAGGUAGAGGCAAGAAGGACCACAAGCAUAAGCCUAAUGGGGGUUCAUAA